AUGGAAGAAGCCAACCAGACAAAUGUCAGCUACUUCAUCCUUUUGGGAUUCCCUACCCGUGCAGAGCUUCAGGUUCUCCUCUUUCUCCUCUUCCUCUUUGCUUACCUGAUGACCCUGGUGGAGAAUAUGAUAAUCAUUGUAGUCAUUUGGGUCAAUAAUAACCUUCAUAAGCCCAUGUACUUCUUCCUGUGCAACCUCUCCUUCCUCGAAGUCUGGUAUGUCACAGUCAUUGUGCCAAAAAUGUUGGGAGAUUUUGUCACACAAGACAGGCGCAUCUCCUUCCAAGGCUGCCUAACACAGCUAUAUUUCUUUGUUACCUUUGUGUGCAGUGAAUAUAUUCUUCUAGCUGUGAUGGCCUAUGACCGGUACUUGGCCAUAUGCUACCCACUUCGUUACCCAGUUCUCAUGAGCAAUAAUUUCUGUGCUCAGCUUUCUGCAGGGUGCUGGAUAUGUGGUUUACUCACCUCCAUGAUCAAACUUAGUUUUAUUGGGCAACUGAAAUACUGUAGCACUUACAAGAUCAAUCACUAUUUCUGUGACAUUUCACCCCUCUUGAAUGUCUCUUGCACUGAUUCAUCCAUAGCUGAACUGGUAGAUUUUAUCCUGGCUCUAAUGGUCAUCAUGGUACCUCUCUGCAUGGUUGUUACAUCGUACAUUUAUAUCAUCUCAACAAUACUGAAGAUCCCUUCCACUCAGGGAAGAAAGAAGGCCUUCUCUACAUGUAGUUCUCACCUCACAGUGGUGGUGCUCUUUUACUCCACCACCCUCUUCACCUAUGCACGGCCCAAAGCUAUGUAUGCCUACAACUCCAACAAACUUGUGUCAGUGCUCUACACUGUGAUAGUUCCUCUUUUGAACCCUCUAAUAUAUUGUCUCAGAAAUAAAGAAGUAAAACAUGCCUUGAGGAAGACAUUUUCAGGCUAA